AAGAAAGCAUCGACUGGAUCCCAGCUUGGGUGUCUUUUGAAGCAGUCACUGCAAAACUACAAGUCCCAGAAUGCCUUUCAUAAGACAGGCCUAUCAAACUCACACAUGCUCAGUGUAGUAGUAGGAACCUGUUCUCUAUAGGUUCUUAGCUAUGUUAACUAAGGUGGAGCAAAUGGCCCUACCCCAAAAGCAAGCUCCAGGAUUGGAAUUUGAGCCCAGCCUCAGGGUGGAGCCAGAAUUUACCUUUGUACUCCAGGCUGGUCAGGGUUGGUAUUACCUGGCUGGGUGUGUCCAGAACUGGCUGCCAUCCUGACCCGUCUGCAAGCUGCUAACAGGUUCUGUGGACAGCUACCAUGGCCUCUGGGCUGGCAGAAGAGUUUUACCCAAGUCCUGGGGAGUCUGAACUGGCUGUGAACCCCUUUGAUGGGCUCCCCUUCUCUUCCCGCUACUAUGAGCUGCUUGAGCAGCGCCGAGCCUUGCCCAUCUGGGCUGCUCGCUUCCUGUUCUUGGAGCAUUUGGAGAGUAGUCCAACUGGAGUGGUGCUGGUGUCUGGGGAACCUGGCUCUGGCAAGAGCACCCAGAUUCCUCAAUGGUGUGCAGAGUUUGCGCUUGCCAGGGGAUUCCAGACAGGCCAGGUUACUGUCACUCAGCCCUACCCUCUGGCAGCCCUGAGCCUUGCUUCACGGGUGGCCGAUGAGAUGGACCUGACCCUGGGUCAUGAGGUUGGAUACAGCAUCCCUCAGGAAGACUGCACUGGGCCCAGCACCAUGCUCAGGUUCUGCUGGGACAGGCUGCUUCUUCAGGAAGUGGCAUCAACCCGGGGCCCUGGAGCCUGGAGUGUGCUGGUACUGGAUGAGGCUCAGGAGCGGUCAGUGGCCUCAGAUUUACUACAGGGGCUGCUGCGAGAUGCCAGACUGGGAAACCUUCCAGGGGACACCAGAGUGGUUGUGGUUACUGACCCAGCUCUUGAACCUAAGCUCCAAGCCUUCUGGGGCACCCCCCCCAUUGUGCAUGUACCCAGAGAGCCUGGUGGGGAUCCCACCCCUGUCUACAGGGAUACCGUCCCUACUCAUUUGGUGGAAGCUGCCUGCCAGGCUGUGCUUGAGUUCUGUCAGCAGAAAGAGACACCAGGAGAUGUGCUAGUAUACCUGCCCAGUGAGGAGGAAAUUUCCCUGUGCUGUGAAUCCUUGUCCAGGGAGAUGGGGACAUUGACUGUCCCAGGGCCUCCACUACAGGUGCUGCCCCUUCACCCAGGCUGCGGUCAAUCCAUUCAGGCUGUGUAUGAGGACACAUACUCGGGUGCCCGGAAGAUUGUGGUCACCCAUUGGCUGGCAGACUUCUCCUUUUCCCUCCCUUCCAUCCGACAUGUCAUUGACUCAGGACUGGAACUUCGAAGUGUUUACAAUCCUCGGAUCCGGGCUGAAUCCCAGGUAUUAAGGCCAAUUAGCAAGUGUCAGGCAGAGGCAAGACGGCUGCGGGCAAGAGGGUUCCAACCAGGAUCCUGCCUCUGCUUGUAUCCUAAGUCCACCCUAGAACUAGAGGCUCCCCCACUGCCUCGCUCCAGAGUGUGUGAAGAGAAUCUGAGCUCCCUGGUGUUACUACUAAUGAGGAAACAGAUUGCAGAGCCAGGGGAGUGCCACUUCCUGGACCCUCCUGCGCCAGAAGCACUGAUGCAGGCCCUAGAAGACUUAGACUAUCUGGCUGCCCUGAAUGAUGAUGGGGACCUGUCAGACUUGGGAAUCAUCCUAUCAGAGUUUCCCCUGCCCCCUGAGCUGGCCAAAGCCCUCCUGGCCUCAUGCAAGUUUGACUGCGUGGAUGAAAUGCUCACCCUUGAUGCCAUGCUCACUGCUGCCCCUGGGUUUACUCGUCCUCCGCAGUGUGCAGAAGAAGCUACCCUGCGCCGUGCCUUGGAACAUGCGGAUGGCGACCACAGCUCUCUGAUCCAAGUUUAUGAAGCCUUUAUUCAAAGUGGAGCAAAUGAGGCUUGGUGCCAGGCUCGGGGUCUAAACUGGGAAGCAUUGUGUCAAGCCCAUAGACUCCGAGGAGAGCUCCUCCAACUAAUGCAGGGAAUUGAACUUCCCUUGUCCCAGCCAGCCUUUGGCUCUGAGCAGAAUCGCAGAAACCUUCAGAAAGCACUGGUAUCAGGAUACUUCCUCAAGGUGGCGCGAGACACAGAUGGGACUGGAAAUUACCUGCUUCUUACCAACAAGCAUGUGGCCCAGCUCUCUUCAUACUGCUGCUACCGAAACCGGAGGGCUCCAGCCAGACCACCACCAUGGGUGCUGUACCACAGUUUCUCCAUAUCCAAAGACAACUGCCUUUCCAUUGUUUCUGAGAUUCAACCUCAGAUGCUGGUGGAGUUGGCCCCUCCAUACUUCCUGAGUAACUUGCCUCCUGGUGAGAGCAGAGACCUCCUGAACGAGUUAAGAGAAGCAACAGCAGAGCCAUCAGCAAAGACGGAGCCUUCCUUUCUCCAGGAGUACAGAGAAGCCUGUGUUCUGCAGUGAGCUGCCUAGGGAGGAGGGCUGAGUUCACCAUUAGGCAUUGGGUCUUCCCUCAGACCAGUGCCAAGAUGGUCAGCCGGACUUAGAAAUCCAAAGUGUAGAGUCAGAUUUACAUCUUGGAACCCAUGAGCCAAGAAACAGUGGGCUGUGGGGGGGAAGGGGGCAGGAAACAGGGUAAACCAUG